AUGAAGCCGUUAAAAGUGUUUGUAUUGUUCAGUGUGCUGAUCAUUUUAGGUCUUAUUGCAGCUAGCAUCACGUGGGCUGUGUUAGCGAAUAGAGCGUCCUCUCUACCAUCAGGUGGUAUCAUACCUGUGGACUGGUGGAAGAAUUGUGUAUUAUACCAGAUUUAUCCGCGAUCGUUCAAGGACAGUGAUGGAGAUGGCAUUGGAGAUCUACAGGGCAUCAUCAGUGAACUGGAACACUUCGUGGACGCCGGUGUUGAUGCUAUAUGGAUAUCUCCCAUCUUCGAAUCUCCUAUGUAUGAUUUCGGAUAUGACGUCAGCAACUUUUAUAAAAUACACCACGAAUAUGGAACAAUGGAAGACUUUGAGCAACUCUUAGAAAAAGCACAUACGUUAGGAAUUAAAGUACUACUGGAUUUUGUACCAAACCACGCCAGCACUGAUUCUAAAUACUUCAUGGAAUCAGUAGCUAAUAACGAGAUUUACAAAGAUUACUUCGUGUGGGCAGAUCCACGAUGGCUCGACCCAGAAAAUGACACCAACAGACUUCCGCCAUCCAAUUGGAUCAGUGUUUUCGGAAAUUCAGCAUGGCAAUGGAAUAAUGAUCGGCAACAGUACUAUCUCCACCAGUUUUCGAUUCAGCAGGCCGACUUCAAUUUCAGGAAUCCUGACGUGAAAAAUGAAAUGUACCGAAUUAUGAAGUUCUGGCUUGAUAAAGGGGCAGAUGGAUUUAGAUUGGACGCAUUGCCGUAUUUGAUAGAAGCCGAUCCAGUAGACCAUGGUGGAUUGUACCCUGAUGAACCGCAUUGUGGAUUGGCCAAAUUUGAACCACACCAACCUGGUUACUUAUGCACAAUAUACACUAAAGAUCAGCUUGAAUUGUAUGAUGUAGUUUACGAGUGGAGAGAGUUCAUAGAUGAUUACAAUAAAGUAUACGGUGGUGAUACUAGGAUUAUACUUUCUGAAGGUUACGCAAAUAUCACCAUGACAAUGUUAUAUUACGAAAAUAAAGAUGGACGACUGGGCGCGCAUUUCCCUUUCAAUUUCGGCUUCAUCACAGAUCUAUCUGCAAGAUCAAAUGCGAGGGACUUCGUGUACACGAUCCUAAAGUGGUUAACAUACCAGCCGUAUGGCACAGUGUCCAAUUGGGUGUUUGGAAACCACGACAAUAACAGAAUGGCGACAAGAUUCCGCCCUGAUAUGGUGGAUGGCUUAAACUCCCUCAACAUGAUGCUCCCUGGAGUAGCUGUUACUUAUCAGGGAGAAGAAAUUGGUAUGAGGGAUGGGUUCGUUAGUUGGGAAGAUACUGUGGACGUAGAAGCUAUCAAUACAGGAAAUAGCGAGACCUAUCUUGAAUAUUCACGAGAUCCAGCGAGGACUCCGUUCCACUGGGACACCUCUACAAGUGCCGGCUUCUCUACCAACGAAACUACUUGGUUACCAAUAGCUGAAGAUUAUUUAAAAAUAAACCUUGCGAAACAGAAAGAAGAUGAUCGAAGUCAUUACAAAGUAUAUCAAGCACUGACGGCAUUGCGAAAAGAACCAGCAUUGUCCCAUGGUGAACAUGAUAUCAAAGCAUUAACAGACCGUACACUAUACUUAGUGAGGAGUCUGCGCGGCCACGAAACCUUACUGCUGAUCUUCAAUGUCAGCAAAGAUAGUGACACUGUUGAUUUAAGUAAAAUUGUGGACCUUCAAAUGCCAGCUACGGUGUACAUCUCCAGUGUACAGUCUGCAAGGUUACAAGGAUCAAAUAUAUAUGAGAAAGAAUUGACCCUGUUACCUGGAGAAGCUUUAGUGUUACGUGCUCCAACUACAUAAUAAUACUCUAACUCUAUCUUAAUACCUCUCUAUCUUAAUGUAAAGUAAAAGUAAUAUAGUCUGUAUUAAAAUUCCUAUAGUCCAGUUUAUA